CGAAACAAGGUAGGCGUCCCUUCAGUCACCAGUUUUCAAAUUAAAGCGGACAUUUUUUACCAAGCGUUAACAUCUCUCUUAACAAAAUAACAAAAGCAUGCGGAAUAAUAUGUUUUGUGAUCCAGCAUUGGAGCGUCAUUUCACCGGACAUGUUGGUAAUAUAACACAAUUGCGCUUCAGCCCUGAGGGAACACAAAUUGCCACCAGCUCACUAGAUUCCACGGUCAUUUUGUGGAACCUUAAACAAGCGGCACGAUGUAUUCGCUUUGCUUCACAUUCGGCAGCUGUGUACGGCGUUAGCUGGUCGCCCAAGGGAAAUUUCAUAGCCUCAUGCAGCCACGAUCGCACUGUCAAAGUCUGGGAGCCAAAAGUACGUGGUGUGUCUGCCGAAUUUCUAGCCCACAGCAAACCAGUGCGCAGCGUUGACUUUGAUCCCACAGGGCAAAUGGUGCUGACUGCCUCCGAUGAUAAAUCUGUGAAGUUGUGGCGUGUAUCACGCCGACAAUUCAUCUCAUCAUUUGCCCAACAAACGAACUGGGUGCGUGCUGCCAAGUUUAGUCCAAAUGGCAAGCUCAUUGCCACAGUUAGUGACGAUAAAUCACUGCGUAUCUAUGAAGUUGCGACAGGAGAAUGUGUACGCAUCUUUACGGAGGAGCGUGCCUCGCCUCGCCAGGUGGCCUGGCAUCCUUGGGGCAGCAUGGUGGCCGUUGCCCUUGGCUGCAAUCGCAUUAAGAUCUUCGAUGUGAUGAAUAGCCAGCUGCUUCAGCUGUACGUGGUGCAUUCGGCACCCGUCAACGAUUUGGCAUUCCAUCCCAGUGGCAACUUUCUGAUAUCCGGCAGCGAUGAUAAAACCAUACGCAUUUUGGAUUUGCUGGAGGGCAGACCUAUCUAUACGUUGACGGGGCACACGGAUGCAGUGAACGCUGUGGCAUUUACUCAGGAUGGCAAAAGGUUUGCGACAGCUGGCAGCGAUCGCCAGCUACUCAUUUGGCAAUCGAAUUUGCAUACUUACGAUGCGUCGCAGUUUGAGGAAAAGUCUCAGUCGUCGUCCUGCUGCGAUAGCAGCUCAACCUCCAAGAUAAGCCUAGGUGCUAAUUCGAGGGCAUCCAACGAUAUGAGCAUUCGCAUUGAUCCACGUGAAUCAGUUGCCUAUCAAACACUGGAUGAAAAUUUCCAGGUGCUGGAUGUGUCAAUGGAAUCCGAAUCCUCGUCUUCGCAUUGUUGCUCCUGUGCCGCACAACUUGAAGAUAUUGUUAACCAGUUGUCGCAGAUAGAUGCACGUUUAAGUCGACUAGAACGAUUUCACUUGACAUAAAUAAUAUGCCGUGUGUCUAUUUAUUACUAAGUUUAAGUUUUACACAUGUUAGCUUUUUGGUGUACGGUGCUUUUAAUUAUUUCAAUUUUAAAUAAAAAC